AUGAUCCCAAAGCCAUUCUUGGAGAAUACUUCCGUUGAUUCAAAUGGUUAUCCAAUAUAUAGGAGACGUAAUGAUGGAUCUUUUAUAGAAAAGUCGGGUGUUAAGUUAGACAACAGAAGUGUUGUUCCAUAUCACAAAACCCUUUUGAAACGAUAUCAGGCUCACAUUAAUGUAGAGUGGUGCAAUCAAGCGGCUUCCAUCAAAUAUUUGUUUAAAUAUGUUAACAAGGGUCCUGAUCGGGCUACUGUUGAAGUUGCACAAAACAAUGGAGGUGAUAAUGAUGAUGCUCCAGUUGAUGAAAUAAAGAACUACUAUGAUUGUAGGUAUUUGUCUGCAUGUGAAGCUUCGUGGCGUAUGUAUGUAUUUGAUGUUCAUUACAUAUAUCCUUCAGUUGUAAGGCUUCUGUUCCAUCUUCCUGGAAAACAAAAUGUUGUAUACGGAGCAGAUGAUGAUAUUGAAGAUGUCCUCAACAAACAAUCUGUUUCUUCUUCGAUGUUCUUAUCUUGGAUGAGUUGUAAUGAACAUAAUAAGGAUGCACAAAAACUUUCUUAUGUUGAGUUUCCUACAAAAUUUGUAUGGAAACAAGAAGAUCGUUGUUGGGAGCCAAGAAAAAAGGGUUUUCUAUUGGGAGGAUUCACACAGUUUCACCUAAUCUCGGUGAAGCAUAUUUUUUGA